AUGCCGUGGCCCUUCACGGUUUUUCUGAUCGCCUCAGCCAUAUUACUUGCUCAGGCCGAUGUCUCCAAAGUCUUCAUUGUACAGAACUUUAAUCUCAAAAGUGCUGUCGCUACUGAUAUAACAUGCGGCAGCAUCAAGAAAAUUAUGGUACAAAACAUUGCUGUAAACAACUAUACAUGUACUGGAGAGACAUUAUCGAAAGGAAACGAAACAGGAAUGUAUAUUGUUACUGAGAUGCAAGCUAUUGCUACUCCAAGCAGCAAGAAGCUGACUUGGUUCAUCGAAUACUCUGGUGGCAACUUGACUUCAACAAUCAACAUUGAAGACGUUUUGGAUAAGACGCUCACCGCCGCUAGUAUUGUGCAGAUUAGCGAACCCAAAGCCCAUGCCCAGUUGGUGGUCAAGAAUGACGAUGCCGAGGAGACUACAGAGAAACCAAAUACCACAGAAGCGGUAACAACAACAGAAAAACCUCAUGAACCGACAACGACGACGACACAAGCGCCGUCAACUUCACCAAAAGCCCCUUCCCCAAUAAAUGUCACGGUCGCUGUAAGCUAUAUUCAGUUCCAAACAGGACAAGCUCCGAUUUAUGAGAACAAGCACACCGCAGCUGUUGUAUUCGCAGUUAUUGAGGUAACAGUUCAUUGUGAUGGGUUUGUUGCUUGCAGCGAUCCUCUUCGUGUACAUUAUGCGAUGUUACAGAAAGUCAUAUUUAAGAGCUGCUGGCAUGUAUCCGACUCGAGACAUUGGCAAUAUACUCGCCCUGAAAUCCCAUCUUAUCGAGCGCCAGAUACUCAACCACCGGUGCGACUGGAUUCUCUAUCACCUCGUGCCCCACAACCGGUUAUCACACCUAACCUGAUGCCGGUCUCGACGACACAGCCGACUUCGACCACACCGGCAGUGGUGACACCGGCGCCGUUGGACUACUGGCCAGAUCAACCGCGGCCGGUCAAAAACAUCAUCGACAGCGACAUUUGA